AACUUAGCUAAGAAGAGUUGUAACAUUAUAAACGACAUUGAAAACCAUUUCUCCUUCUCAAAGGCAAUGGCAAACGAGAAUGAGCCAGCAAAACUGCUCUUACCGUACCUUCAACGAGCCGAUGAGCUUCAAAAACACGAGCCUCUUGUCGCUUAUUACUGUCGGUUGUAUGCAAUGGAAAAAGGAUUGAAGAUACCCGUCAGUGAGAGAACCAAAACUACCAGUGCUCUUCUUGUUUCUCUCAUGAAACAGCUUGAAAAGGAUAAGAAGUCAUUGACGUUGGGAUCUGAGGAUAACUUGUAUCUAGAGGGAUUUGCCUUGAAUGUCUUUGCAAAGGCGGACAAACAAGAUCGUGCUGGACGAGCAGACUUGAAUACAGCAAAGACAUUUUAUGCUGCGAGCAUUUUCUUUGAGAUUAUUAGCCAGUUUGGUCCUCUUCAGCCUGAUCUUGAGCAGAAACAGAAGUAUGCCGCCUGGAAAGCUGCUGAUAUUAGGAAAGCUUUGAAAGAAGGAAGAAAGCCCACCUGUGGCCCUCCUAAUGGUGAUGAAGAUUUGUCUGUUCUAUCAAGUACACAUAGCGGUUCAUAUGAUCAUGGACCUGGUGAACUUCCAGUUACCAGUCCCAGGCAAGAUUCUGAUCCGUCACCACAGUUCCAUGAUGAAAUAAAUAACCAGCACCAUGCUAAUAUUCCACCGUCAACUCAGUUCCAUGAUAAGAUUGACCGGCAGCAUUCUUUCGAUAUUUUAGCAUCACAUCCAUCAUUUCCUCCUCGCAGUUACCCUUUUCAUGGACAAUCCUUUCCACAAGAUCCCCAAAGACGCUUCCCUUCACCACCUCCCACAAGCAAGUCCGAAGAUCCUACAUAUCCCCAUGCAUACCUCCAUCAACCCUAUUCGCAAGAACCGCAACAACAUUUGCCACAUAAUUUCCCAUCCGUUGACAUUCCCCCAUAUUCAUAUCCUAAUUUUCAGUCUUAUCCAAGUUUCUCUGAGAGUAGUUUACCCUCUGCCCCAUCUCACUAUCCUUCUUACUAUCAAGGUGCUGAGAUUUCUUACACUCCCCAGUCUGCUCCUCCAACAACAAGCUAUUCAUCAACAUCCCAAUACUCUUCAACUAGCAGAAAUGAGACAGUCUCAGAACCUGCACCAACUAUGUCUCAAGAACACCAAUAUGACAUCAAUUACCAGCCACCACCGGAGAAAAUUGCUGAGGCACACAAGGCUGCACGGUUUGUGGUUGGAGCCUUAGCAUUUGAUGAUGUGUCAGUUGCAAUAGAUUACUUAAAAAAAUCACUUGAAUUGCUGACUAAUCCAUCAGCCGGUCAGUAAGCUUGUUACCCCUAGUGGACAGAUUCACAUGGUUUUUCUUUUGAAUCAUAUGAUUUGAUUUGUAUAGGUUUUAUUGGAGAUUGUGAACAUCUGUUACCUGCCAUGUAAUUUUCAUUUGAGAAUCAAAAUAUUUCAUGUGGUUUUCCAUUAAA